UGAGCGAGCGAAGGAGGGAGGAAACCGGGCAGGUGACACCGCGCUAGGUUGGCUCCGGCUCGGCGGGAGCGGGGCCGGCAGUGGAGGCCAUGCACGUCAAUGGGAAGGUGGCUCUGGUCACCGGCGGGGCGCAGGGCAUCGGCCGGGCUUUCGUCCAGGCGCUGCUGGGCAAGGGCGCCAAGGUGGCCCUGCUGGACCGCAACUCCGAGGCUGGGCAGGAGAGCAAGGCGGCCCUGGACGAGCAGUUUGAAGCGCAGAGGACGGUGUUCAUCCAGUGCGACGUUACGGACCAGGAGCAGCUGAAAGGUGCUUUCAAAAAAGUAAUUGAACAUUUUGGAAGGCUGGAUAUUGUGGUUAAUAAUGCUGGAGUGAACAAUGAGAAGGACUGGGAAAGCACUAUACAAAUUAACUUGACAUCUGUGAUUAGAGGAACCUACCUCGGCCUAGAAUACAUGAGAAAAGGAAAUGGAGGUGAUGGAGGAGUAAUUAUUAAUAUCUCAUCUUUGGCAGGACUUAUGCCUGCUGCAUUUCAGCCUGUGUAUUGUGCUACAAAGCAUGGUGUAAUUGGAUUCACACGGUCAAUAGCAUUAGCUGCUAAUAUGGAAAACUAUGGUGUAAGACUCAACACAAUUUGUCCAGGAUUCGUCAACACACCAAUUCUCCAAUCAAUAGAUAAAGAAGAGAAUAUGGGACAAUAUUAUUCAUAUAAGGAUGAGAUAAAAAAUAUGAUGCGAUUCUAUGGCGUGAUGGACCCAUCAAGAAUAGCUGAGGGACUGAUAACAAUUAUUGAAGAUGAUACUCUAAAUGGAGAAGUUAUGAAGAUUACAGCAUCCCAAGGGAUUCAUUUUCAACAAUACAGCCAAACACCUUUUACAUCAAAGAGAUAAAUAAUUGGUUUAUGCUGAUUAUUUUGGUCUUUUCUUAAAUAUUGAAAAUUUUGAAGAAUAAUUUUUGGAAAAAAAGGUUAGUGCUGUAUCUAAAGCAGUGACUGUUUAAACGUUCCCAUCCUAAUAACAAAGAGAUGGACAAGAAAAUCCUUCAUGGGCAGAUGUUACCAUUUUAUUUUAAUACUAUAAGCACUAAUAAUAGUAUUUAUUCAGUAGAAUAAACACACUGCUCUGAAGAUUUUUGAUUAUAUAGUAAUAAGGGCCAGUUUUUUUCCCUUCUGGUAGUUCUGAUCUACAUACUCCAAGCAUAUUUUGGUGGACCUGACUUACUUCAUAUAAUUCUUUUCACUCUCAUAAGUGUCUACUUAUUUAUAUCUUGAAUUCUUCAAACUGGGAUUCAGUUCAGGAAUCUAGAACACAAAUGUACCUAUAAGGAGUUAAGAAUUUCAUUUUUCUUAUGAAAUGUAAAAUAGAACACAGGGCAAAAUUUUUUUUCCUCCUUUAUAUACAAAACUGAAUAUGUUGCAUAUGACACAAGAAAAACCUACAGAUUUUUAUCUUCCUAUAUUUUAGCUAUUUAUAAAACAGUUUAGUAAUAUUUUUGUUUUCUUUUAUAGAUAUAUACAUAUGAAUUUUCUCUUUCUGUAUAUACAAGGAUGAAUACUUUGGCAUUGACUGAAAUGUCUACUUACUCAUUAAAUCUGAUUUUAUAAAACUUUAAAUAUAAUUUCUUGCCUUGAUUGAUUAAAACCUCAAUUAAAUCCUGAAUUAUCUGAUUUUUUUCAUGUUUGACAUCUGUCCAUUUUGGUAUCAUGAUAUGUAUUCUUAGAUGCAAUAUGUCAUAUAGUGGCAAUGAAAAUAAAAAAUGAGCUUCCUACCUCCUGAACAUCACUGGACCUUCUGAAUCCAGAUCAAUCCCCAGCUACAUUUCUGAAAUAAACCUUGAUACUCUAUUGGUUAUGUGCUUGGGAAAAAAUAAAUGUACAUGGUAAUUUAUUUAAGCUUAUAGCAUAACAAGAUUUAAUAACUCCUGUGAAAGCUGGCAACAUUUAAUAUUUAUCCUCCUUAGGAGUACUGACUUCAAUUUCAUGGACAGAAGAGCUGUUUUUUUCAGCAUUGUAACUGAAAAAGAGAGGUCACUAAUAUUUACUUUCUAUGGAAGUCAGGGAGUAAUAAGACUGUGGGGAAAAGAAAAGAAGCAGACACACAUACCAUUAAUUACUCAUCGUUCUCCCCCACCUCUUUUUCUCACGAUGUUAACACUAUUUUUAAUGCCUAUCUUGAAUGCAUACAUGAUGCUAGCUACACUACCAAUA